GCCACCAAAACCGCUGUUGUAAUAGAGAGCUGCUAUUCAUUUCUACAAGUCGCACAUCAGCGGCCCACACAAGCGUCUUCGCACACACACAGACAUAGGCACAUACGCGUCCUUGAGCUUCUUUGUGCCGCAUUCCUGCGUAAAGCUCUAGCGGGGUUGAAACGUUGCCGACCUUACACACACGUCGGGCGAAGACGUCGCACUCCCUUCACACGCACACCACGUUCUAAAGAAGAAAGACGGUCUUGAUGGUCAACAACACCGCAGGAAACUGACCUCUCUUUCCUUUGUGCCACUUCAUCAGUAGAGCGUCCUCUUGAUCGUAUUCUUUUCUUGUCCGAUCAUCGUUCAACAUAUAUAUAUAUAUAUUACUUUUGUGUUUUACUUGGUGCUCGUUGACCAAUUUAUCGCGUGCAUUUAUUGGUGCUGAUACACAUUAUUCUUGCUCUUCGCUUGUGCCCCCGUCCACCUCUUGGUCAGCGAAUUAGACGACCAUUGCUCCUUUCUCUCUCACUCAACGUUUUGCAUCCAGCGGCGCGUGCCACUCUUUCAACCCACUACGGGGUUUUUCCUUUUUUUCCAAUCUGUGGCGUUUUUCCCCCUAGCGAGAGAGAAUGGCUGCCGCACACGUCGUUGACUUAUCUUUUACUCCAGGCGAGCAGCAAGACUUGGCUGAUUUCCAAUUUGAUGUGGAAAUACUGAAGGGUGAAAGGGUAGAGGACGUACAGGAACUGAACAUCUCGCACGCACACGUCCUGGUGCUCACCUCUGCCCCUGGGGCCCCUAUCAACGACAUCCUGCAAUAUGUAACGGUGCUACGCGCCGCACACAACGAGAUCAGCAGCUUGCGUGGACUAGAAGCCUUUGCGUCCCUUGAGGUACUCGACCUCAGCUACAAUGACCUUCGUGUGGUCGACGCACACGCGGCCACUCUGCUGAAGUCCUUGAAGCGACUACACACCGUCGACUUUUCGCACAAUCACAUGAACCUCUUAGACUUGGACGGCUCUUUUGGUGCCCCAUCGCCGCGGUCAAACGGUCAAAACGGCGGUAGUGCUGGGGGCUCCUUCGGCUCCUCCUCGUCCAUUGCCGGUGCGGGGCGACUUCUCUCCUUCUCCUCCAGUACCCGCGACGCGGCAGGCGGUAUGACGUCUCUUACCGCUAUCAACUUGUCACACAACGCUUUUAUUGAGCUGCCAGACUUACGCAGUGCACCCUUUCUGCAGGUGGUGAACGUCAGCCACAACAAGCUCGAGGACAUCGCGGACCUGGAGAUGCGACUGCCGUUGCUGACAUUGCAUUCCCUGCUGCUACACGCGAAUCGGCUGCCGAACGUCACCGCGCUGGUGCCGCUGUGCGCACUGGCGGCAUCGUUGAAGCACAUUCAGGUCUUCAACAACCCUUUCACCUUUGUCAAUGGAAACAAGGCUGAGGGCAUCGAUGCGGCGCUGUGGUGGCGGCCAUUUCUGCUCUUUCUUUGUCCGCUACUCAUCACAGCCGAUCAGACAGAGUUGACACCGAGUGAGCGCCGCAUCGCGACGAAGCGACUCUUCCGCGAGCACGGGACGCUGUCAAAGAACUCCAUGGAAAUCAUGAACCCGCAGAACAAAGACGCGCUGGUGGUAUACUUAAAGCGACAGGGCGAAAGUGCGGAACCGCCAGCAGACGCGCUUGGCACGAUAAAAAAAAUUAUGGAAGAGGAAGAACGAGAGGCAUCAAUGCCCGGUGGGGCUGCCGAAGGCGCUGCUGCGAGCGACCAAGAGGACGAAGACGAGUACAUGCCAGACGUGGUCGUACCGAUGUCGCGCAUGAACAACGAGCGCGAGUGGGGUGUGAGGGAGAGCAGCGGGGCGCGCACCAAGGGUCAGACUAUCUCGUACCACACAGAUCCGCACGAAGAAGUCUCGCUAUCAACAGCAGACGGGGUAGCGAACGCUCCGUCCACACGCACCUCCACGCGGGCCUCGACACGUGUCGUUGUUUUAGACCCGGCCUCGCACCAGUCCGCCGGCUCGACGGAGAGCAUUCUCAGAGGAAACUACCAAAGUCAUCGUGCCAAGGCUCUCCCUGUCACCACCGUCGUGCGAGCUCUACAGCAGAAGACGCGCUCGCUCGAGGAGGUGGUGGCGGUGCUGUGGCGCAGCGACCUGGCUCGGCGUACAGCGGCAGCCAUAACGAUUCAGCGCCACAUGCGCGGUGCGCUCACCCGCCUGCACCUCUCUGAAGAUGAUGCGGAGAGCUGCCGUUUUAUUCGCUAUCAGCUUCAGCAGGCUGCGGUUGCGAUGAAGGCGCAAAAGCCGCAGGCAGCGGCUGCCACUGCAGCUGGCGUCGGCCACUCUAGCGGCCCCAGCGCUCGCACCGCCGCGGGGCACGGUGCACGUCAGCCAUCUAUCGAGGCCAUCGAGGCAAGCGGCUCCAAUAUUGAAGAGGUGCUCGUCUCAAUGCGCAGCCUGGAGGAGGUGAUGAGCAACAUGUGGGUUGACCUUGAGGAGUACCGCGCCAUGGCCGACAGGGAGCAGCGCCGAGCCGCCCUUCUCAUUCAACGGUGGUACCGCGGCUAUUGCGCUCGGCGCGACUUUGGCCGCGUACGGCGUUCUUCAACUUCUCUUUCUUUCCCGUCGUGCAAGUGCGCUGGCGAGACCGCUUCUCUCCAGAAAGAGGUGGCCGAGCUGCGACACGAGGUACGGGAGCUGCGGGAGCUACUGACGCAGUCUGCACGCCAGCAGCGCCUGGCCGCCUAUGACGACCCGGAGAAGGCAAUGGACGACAUUGUGCGCAAACACGAGGCGCGCCUGAAGGCUGAUCGCAAUCAAGAGGAGGACUUGCACCAGCACGGUGGCAGCCGAUCUCCGAGUGCCACGCUCAGCGUCACGGCGGCCGAUGUCGACGCACCGCAGGGGGGGGGCUUGCGUCACAGCACGCCGCGUGGCGCGGCGGUGGGGGCGGUGUUGAAGGGCCCCGGCCAAUUGAAGGCGCCGGCCCACCACACGCCGCAACAGCCGCUCGUCGGGAACUCACCGCCGGGUGCGAAGUCGCCGCUUAGCAGCACCGGUUCCGGUUCUCAGGCGAAGCGACUGGCCACGAUCGCGAAGCGCAGACCAGGGGGCGUGACCUCCUCGCAUACGGAAUAG